UAUGUUUAACAUGGGGUAAUUCUUUUUAACAAGGUCUUGACAGAACCGGUGACUAAGUGGAGGAAUGUUCGUGGUCAUAAUAUCCUGGGCUUAAUGUACCAAGACGCAUCAAGAUGGGGGAUAACAUUACAGACUUACAUACAGCUUACAAUGUUGGAGCAGCAUACCAGACCAAUGAUUUCCCCCAUAAGAAUGAUGGAGCGAUCAAUUCACAGUGCAAAAUACAUUUUUGUAGAAAAUUUGUACCGAAGCGGAAAAAUGCCGGAGGUGGAUUAUGUUGUCCUAACUGAAUGGUUUGACUGGAUCCAGAACAACACUGAUGUUUCAGUGGAUUUGAUAGUUUAUCUGCAGACUUCUCCUGAAGUUUGUUAUGAGAGGUUAAAGAGAAGAUGCAGAGAAGAGGAAAAAAUCAUUCCUCUGGAAUAUUUAGAAGCUAUUCAUCAGCUCUAUGAAGAGUGGCUCAUUAAACAUACACUGUUUGAAGUUUCCUGCCCAGUGCUUGUUAUUGGAGCUGACCAUGACAUGCAGAAAAUGAUAGAAAAGUAUGAAGAAAACCGGGACCAAAUACUAAAUCCAUAUAAUAUGCAUCAUCAUUUAUAGAAGUUUGCGGUUGUUGUAUUUUAAAAAACAUGUUUAUGAAGUCUGAUUUGGGGGGAAUUCUGAGUACUUUUAGUAUUUCUAAAUAGAAAGGUUUUGGCUUUUGAAUAAUGCAUUGUAGAAUGUUGUGGACUUACUGCUAUGAAAUGGUCAAAUACAAGUCAUAAACAGAAUAUAAGCCAAUUCCCUUUCAUGUUUUUAGGUUCUCCAUCAACUUUACUGUGUCAAUUCUAUUCAGCUAAAAUACAGCUAUUUCUCCCAUUUCACACUUCACUGCUGCCUCCUAUAAGUAACCUAACUUCCUUCUUUUUUAUCCGCCCAAAGACAACCCUAUUGUAAUUUGAAAGAAGUAGUUCCAUACAAGAGGUGGGAUGUCAUUUUUUAUUAUUAGAGGAAGCAAACGAAGUGCAUAAAAUUAAAGUAGCUUUGUUAACUAGGUCUUAUCAGGUUGAAAUAGGGGAUCUUACUCUAAUCAUACCUACACUAGUGCAAUUUCAUUGAAUUCAGUAAGUUUCUUUUGCUUUACAUGAAAUCACAAUAUAGCUGUAGUUCUGAAGAUAACUAUGCACUUGUAUAGUCCCACUGAAUUCAGUGGCAGAAAAAGAGUGACAGUUUUUCAUAAGUGAUUGCAGAAUGGUUCUAAGGCUUUUUUUAAACUAGGUUUUUAAAAGGGCUUAUUUCUCUCUAAUGUUCAUGAAAUCACUGGCCCUGCUAUGGCUGAGUUGAGGACUAGUGAAAAUACAGGGUGCCCAGAACUGUAUUUGUUGUUCCUUUCAAAUGGUUAUAAAGAACCUGAAUUAAUUGAUUUCUUAACUAUUUUGGAUUCUUCAAUCAUACCUUUUUUUAUAAAGAAAAAUACAGAUGGUUCUUUGGGUUUAUAUCUUGAUCAGUUUAUUGUGACUUACAAGUACUUGGAGAGUAGAGAAAAAUAGUGGGAGUUUCAUUCUUGCACUUGUCAGCCAAGUGUUGAGUUGCCCUUAAUUUCUGCUUUACCCUCUGAGUGUUGUCUUCAAGGUAAUCCUUCUAAUGCAGCAGUUCUGUUUUCACAUUACUUUUUCUGUGCAAAUUGAGGGGAAUGAUUCCUGAAGUACAGUAUAUAUUUUUUUUUCCAUAGUAGUUUUGGUUGGUUUAAUUGGAGCAAGCAAGGUUAACAGUGCUUUAAAAUACGCUU